CCGAUCGGUUCUGUUCGGUUGUUUAACGUAACUGGGAGUUUUAGAGGCAGUUUGUUGUGACAGUUGGAUCUGUUUGCAUCGAACAUUCUGGCGGUUUGUUUUCUGGACUUGGUUGCACUUUUUUUAACUUUAACCGUUUUAACGGUUUCCGGGCCGAACCGCCAGCUGAGCUGACAGCAUCUAGAGGAAGAUCUGAAGCUCCACCUGAGCGCUCAGAUUCCCGUCGUCAUGGCGUUCAAAACCAAAUGGGUGGCAUUGAAGAAGCAUCUAACCACAAGCCCCGGUGACGACCCGGACGGCUCGCUGGAGGCAAACCUGGAAAACGCCACAUCAGAGCUGUGUAUCCGCCUGCUGCAGGUUCCUACAGUGGUGAACUACUCAGGUUUAAGGCGGUGUUUGGAGACCAUUGACGAGGCCUGGAUGAUCCAGUUCCUGGAACUGCGGGGUCUUGACCUGCUGAUGGAGGCAUUGGAGCGCCUGUCGGGCCGUGGCUGCGCCCGCAUUACCGACGCUCUGCUGCAGCUCACCUGCGUGUCCUGCAUCAGAACUGUCAUGAACUCAUCUGCAGGGCUGCACUUCAUCCUGGACAACGAGGAGGGCUACAUCCGGACCCUGGCCCAGGCUCUAGAUACGUCCAACGUGAUGGUGAAGAUGCAGGUGUUUGAGCUGCUGGCGGCGCUUGCCCUGUUCGACCCUCGGGGAUGUCAUCUGACCCUGGACGCCUUCGAAAACUACAAGAGUCUGAAGAAGCAGCAGUACCGCUUCAGCGUCAUCAUGAACGAGCUCCAGACCACCGAUAACAUCCCCUACAUGGUGGCGCUGAUGGCAACCAUCAACGUUCUCAUACUGGGACAGGAGGACCUGCGGAAGAGACACCGAAUGAGACACGAGUUCAUUGGGCUGCAGCUGCUGGAUCUGCUCCCCAAACUGCGAGAGACGGAGGACAUGGACCUAAACAUCCAGUGUGAUGCAUUCGAAGACUCCAUGGCUGAUGAUGAAGAGGAGAUGGAAAGACUGUACGGAGGGAUCGACAUGAGCAGCCACCAGGAGGUCUUCACCUCGCUAUUCACCAAGGUAUCCAGCUGGCCGUCCUCAGUCCAGCUGCUUUCCAUCCUUCAGGCCUUGCUGAUGGUGGAUCCAAAAAGAGCUGAUGUCUGGUUGGCUCUGGAGAAGCUGACUGAUCGAGCCACGCUGCUGGCCCAGGAACCUGAUUUAGACCCUGAUGGCUCUCUGCUGGAGAGGCUCCUCCCCCCAAAAAUUGUCUCAUCCAAUCAAAAGAUUAGAUCUGUCGACAGGGCGGUACAGACUCGACCCCCCAGUUGCCCUCCUGGCCAAUUGGAGGCUUCGGCAGCACCAAAACAGGUUCCACCUCCUCCUCCUCCUCCUCCACCGCCACCUUCAUCUGGUGUAGGAGCUCCUCCCCCUCCUCCACCACCACCUUUACCUGGUGUAGGAGCUCCUCCCCCUCUUCCGCCUCCCCCUCCCCCUUUACCUGGUAUAGGAGCUCCUCCGCCUCCUCCACCUUUACCAGGCAUGGGGAUUCCACCGCCCCCGCCUCCUCCAGGAGAAAUGAUUGCAGCAAAAUCAAUCCAACAUUUAGGUAGCUCCUAUCCCAGCCCCGCCCAUUACUCAAGCCCCACCCCCUGCCCGACCCUCAGGAUGAAGAAGUUGAACUGGCAGAAACUCCCGUCCAGAGUGGUGACAGAACAUCAGUCUCUCUGGACGUCAUCAUCUGUAGACUCAGUGGCCCCAGAUUAUUGCAGCAUCGAGCAGCUCUUCAGUCUCCCUCCAACUGAGACAGUAACCAGAACCCAAACCAAAACUGAGACAAAAGAGAUCUCCUUCAUUGAUGCGAAGAAAAGCCUGAACCUCAACAUCUUCCUCAAGCAGUUCAAAUGUUCCCAUGAGGACUUUGUGUCCCUGAUCCAGAAAGGAGACCGGUCCAAGUUUGAUGUGGAAGUCCUUAAACAGCUGAUCAAACUACUUCCAGAGAAACAUGAGAUAGAAAACCUGAAGUCUCAUCACGCAGACAGAGCUAAGAUGGCAUCAGUGGAUCGGUUUUACCUGCAGCUGCUGGAUGUGCCCAGCUACGGGCUGAGGAUCGAAUGCAUGUUGCUCUGUGAGGAGACCAGCUGUGUGUUGGAGACUCUGAAGCCCAAAUCUGAGCUGCUGGACCGAGCCUGCCAAAGUGUAAGGGAGAGCUCUCGGCUGCCAAGCUUCUGCAAACUCAUCCUCAGUGUUGGAAACUUCCUCAACUAUGGGACUCACACUGGGAAUGCCGAUGGUUUUAAAAUCGGUACUCUGCUCCGAUUGACCGAAACUAAAGCCAACAAGUCCAGGAUCACGCUGCUGCACCACAUCCUGGAGAAGGUGGAGGAGGACCAUCCUGACCUGCUGAACCUGCCCGAUGACCUGCAGAUCUGUGAAAAGGCUGCUGGCGUGAACAUGGAGUCCAUCCAGUCUGAAGCCAAUUCUCUGACCAAACGGCUCCAAAACUCUGAGAAGAAAGUUUCCUGUUCCUCUGAGGACGUGAAGGAGCAGUACCUGUCUGCCAUCCAGGAGAGCCUGCAGGCGUGUGAGCAGCUGCAGACGGUCAUGUCUUCGGUGGAGGACAGGAGGCGGGACCUGGCCGACUACUUGUGUGAGGACAUCAGCAGCUUCUCCCUCGACGAUCUCUUUGGAACCAUCAAGACCUUCAGAGGACUGUUCCUCCAAGCCCUCAAGGAGAAUGAAAGCCGAAGAAAGCAGGAGAAGAUGAGGAAGAAAAGAGAAGAAGAGAAGAAGCUCAAAGGAGAAUCUAACAAGAUCACCAGGAGGGAGGUGAACCACCAGGAUGAAGGUUGCAUCAUUGAGAAUCUGCUGGCUGAGAUCAGGAAGGGCCACAACCUGAGGAGGACCAGACCACGAUCCGAGAGGGGCAGCAGAGGCCACAUGUGCCCUGCAACCAUGCAGAGGUCAGAGGCCAUAGAGCUGUCUGAUUCCUCUGCUCCUAGCCAAUCACUGAACACACCUGGAAUGUCCCCAAUCCAAGAAGCUCCGCCCUCUGCUCCAGGAAAUUCCAGCCAUUCACAAAAGCCGUUGGAGGAAAUCCAGAUUUCUGCCACUCCCCUCUCCAAUUGCUCUAAUUCCAACCAAUCUGUGAAGGCAUCUGAAACACCUGAGAUUCCUGCAGCUUCACCAUCAGCUGAGCCUGCUGGAGAACCCUCAGAGACCUCGAACCUACAAAAGCCCUCUCUCACUACUGCUGUUGCUGAUACUGCAGAGGAGAACCAAAGAGUAAUUACAGAUUCCUUAGCAGAUUCUGGUGAAGAUGGAGAAACCCGGGGUCCCAAAGGAGUGAAGGCAGUCCAGCUCGGCUCAGAGGAUCCUGCACCAAGCAAAGACUUGAAUAGCUUGGAAGAGUCCGACUUUGAGUACAUCGUUUCAUCAGAAGAGAGAAGAAUCACACCGGAGAAUGAUCCAAAGACUAGUCCAAACAGGUCGUCGAAGACGCCCAGGAUCCAUUCAUCAGGAUCCCGAACCCCUAAGAAGAAAACAUGCGUUUUACAGUGAGGUGAGCAGAGGUGGAUUCGUCUCCAUGGCAACAGGACUAUGUGUGGAAAAAAUUUAAAAAAUAAAAACAGUUUUUGUGACAGGAAA